CCUUAAAAUAUUUUUUAUUAAAAUAAUGGAAAAUUAUUAUUGUCGUGAAUUUAUGUCGUCUUCUCAAACGGCGGCUAAAUUAGUUUUUAAUAUUGGAAAUUGUGUGGACACAAGUCGUGUUCUUCGUACAAGACCUAACCGUCCUCUCGAUUCUAACGGGCGAGAGGCUUUUGUUUAUAUUAUGGAUGGAUCAGCAGCACAUAGCAUUAAAGAUUUAACAAUUGAUGAUUUGACUCCAUGGAAUUCUAAAAAGUGUAAAUCCUCAACACGUUUUAGUUCUGUUCAUUUUGACAAUGAUAGAAAUACUCUUGUCUUUAACCGUUAUAUUAUUUCUGAUGCUACAAGUAUUUUAUGCAAACCACAGUGCCUUUUUGCCUGUUAUUAUUGUAAACAUCCAGUUUUUGAUCUUGUUAAAAAGAUUUUUUAUGCUUGUGAUGGAAAUAGAGAUCAAUGUCUUCCUGGAACUUUUGUAAUCUUUGCUUACGAGUUUAAUAAAGCUGAACGUAUUUAUCGAACACUUCGAAGCUAUCCAUCUCCAAAGAUUGGUCCAAAUACGAGUGAUUCAAAGAGCAUUUCUCUAGGGAAUGGUGCUUCUAAUUUUGCUGCCAGUUCUUUUAUUCCUCAACAACAAUUACCUUCAAUUAAACCUCAAAAUUCGCCAAUUAAUAAUUCAUUUCAACGUCAUUUUCUUGAAUCAAGUGCUCCACUUAAAUUGGAAGAUUUAACUGAUUGGGCAACAGAAUUAAAUACAGAUUCAAAUAAUACUUACAAUUUGGAUAGUGUUCUUGCUGGACAGGCAGAUUUAGCGCACACAUCCUCUACUUCAACUACUUGCUUAGAAGAAAUACUUCAGUCAUGUUCUGAGCAAGUAAAAAAUCAACAAAAAAUUCAAAGAAAUGGAAGUUCUAUGAGCAAUAAUGAGGAUGUUUUGAUUGAUUCUCCUUCAUUCUUAACAUCUUCUAAUGAUGACCAUAAUAUUGCUAGAAAGAAAAGAAAAAUUACUUUUCAACCAAUAAGUUUAGAAAAUCAUCAAAUGCCGGCAAUUCUUGAAAGAGAAGUAAAUCAAAGAUUGUUUUUAGGUGAAAGAAAUGGUGGUAAUUUUGAUAGUCCAUCUUCUUUAUUAGCAGGAGAUCGUUCAAUUAGUCCAUCAUCUCCUCAAAGUGUUUCAGUUAUUGCUGAUGGAGAUGGAGGAGAACCAAUUCCAAUAAUUGAUAAAACUUUAAUACAACAUUCUAAUUAUUUGUUUACUUGUGAAGCUUUACUAGAGAAUUUUCGAAAGAAUUGUCUUUGUAAUGGAAAUAAAUUAAAUGAACAAUUUGAUUCUAUUGAUGAAAACUUUUUAAAUAUUUCUUAUGAAGGAGAUGAAAAAACUAGAGAGGAAAACAGAUUAAAUGCAAUACAAAAGGCUACAGAGCAAAUUGACGGUUUUGGUGGAUGUUUAAUUAUCGACAAAAACUUCCAAAUCGAAGUAGAAGGCAACACAACAUUUAUCACCCCAAUCUGGUUUCGAAAUUCGUCUUUUAUCGAUAGAAAAUUAAAACAGCCAGUUCUUCACCCUGUGGCUGUCUACCUAAAUAUGAAAAAUAUGUUGGAAGAUGACAGUCGUAGAGAUAUUUUGAUUGAAUUAUCAAAACGUUUAGAAGAAGAUAUGGCAAUUAAUGGAAAUAUUUGUCGUUCAGUAUUUAUUUGUUCAACAAUUAAUUCAGAAAAUAACCAAUUAGAAUUACUCGACUCCUCAACUUUAUUUGCCUCUCCAAGUAUUAAAUUAAUAUCUCUUCAACAAUGCAAAGACUGGCUUAAACAAAAAUUUUUAAAUUUAUAUUUUGGAAAUAAUCAUUUAAAUGAAGAAAAAGAAUGGAAUGAAGAAAUGGAAGAAAAUUUUAAACAGAUUGGAUGUCAACUUUUUGAUGACAAAAAUGGAAUUCUACAGACUUUGUGUUUUGAACAAUUUAUUAACCGUUUACGGACUUGUGAACGUUGUUGGCCUUAUACUUUUAGAUCUUGGUUUCGAGAAAAAAGUGGUUGGAUAUUCGAACAUUGCUCCCUCGCCUCUCGUAUCAAAGCUGGUUUUAAUCUCGAAAAUAAUUUAGAAGAAUUGGACAUUUCUUUGGAGCCUUUACGGGAAACAAUGUCUUCUAGCCUUGCAGCUGCCCUACAAGGAGGAGCAAAUGGACAAUUCGAAAUGGAAACUGCAACAGAAGCUUUGGAAUUAAUUUGUACUGAAUAUCUCCGAAAAUCAUUAAAUACUCUUUUGGACCCGUUAAAUGAUGAACAAUCAUCUUCUGAAUUUAUUUUAGCUAAACCGAAUAUAUGGAUAGGACAAGAGAAAUGGGAAAAACUUUCAGCAAAAGAAAGAGGAGAAUUACUGUUGCCUUUGGGGCUUUCUUCACUUUUAAAUGUUACUGAUUCACUUGAUCCGUCACUCUUUUGGGGUAUAAAUCGGAAACAAAGAAAAGAAUUAAUUUCUCGUGCAAAUCCACUUUCUGUUUUGGAAAUUGAUGGAAUUAAAAGACAACAAUUAAAUGAUAUUUCUUUAAAUAAAAAUCAAGAAAUUAUUUCUACUUUUGUAGUUACAGAUGGAAUAAAAAGAAUAGCUAAUUACGUAGAGGCUAUAGAAGGGACAAAUAAUGGCAAUCUUUAUUGCCAAUGUUUAGGGGGUCCUUUGUGUGAACAUAUUUUAGCUGUAGCACUUAAACAUGCUUCUUUUGCCAAAAAAGUUCCAAAACUGUUAAGCAAGAAUCAAUCACUUAAUAAAUCAACAGAUAUAGAUACACCCCCUUCACUUGUGCCUGGUCUUCAAUUGGAAAGUACACAAUCAGUUGAAAUUAUUUGUUGUUCUUCAUCAAAUGGGUCCACACAAUAAUUUUAUUACAAAGAAUUUAAUUAAUGAAGGAUGUU